GAGAGCCUCCUGUCUGUUACGCGCCACGGUCUCCUCAUCAAUCUGGUCUUGGCUUCUGGUUUGAGAUUGUUUACAUCCAGUCAACCAAGUGAGGAACAGAAAUCACCACCUUCUGAAAUGGACACUGCCAAUCAGCUUGUAUCCGUGGGGACGUUUCAGGUGCUGAAAUUACCUCUGGGAUUUAUUAGGAUUUUGGAAUGGCUUUUUGCCAUUUUUGCUUUUGCCACAUGUGGGGGCUACUCUGGGCAGCUGCGGGUUAGUGUGGACUGCAUGGAGAAGGCCAGCAGCAACCUCAGCAUCGCCAUCGACUUUGCUUAUCCCUUCAGGUUGUACCAGGUGUCCUUCGAAGCGCCUGUGUGUGAGGGCAUGAGGAGGGAACUCGUGUUCCUCAAUGGAGACUAUUCCUCCUCCGCAGAGUUCUUCGUCACCAUUGCUGUCUUUGCCUUCCUGUAUUCUCUGAUGGCGACCAUCGUAUACAUCUUCUUCAAGAAUAAAUACCAUGAGAACAAUCGAGCACCGCUCAUUGACUUUGUCGUGACAGUGGUGUUCUCCUUCAUGUGGCUGGUCAGUUCAUCUGCUUGGGCAAAGGCUCUGUCUGAUGUGAAACUGGCCACUGAUCCAGAUGAGGUGCAGCUCCUCAUCACGGCCUGCAAAGACCAGACCAACAGGUGUGGCUCAGUGCACGGAUCGCGCUGGUCUGGGCUCAACACCUCAGUGGUAUUUGGGUUCCUCAACUUUGUUCUAUGGGCUGGAAAUAUCUGGUUUGUCUUUAAGGAGACUGCUUGGCACAAGGGGGCUUCCAGGUUGGCACAAGGGGCGUCUGAGAAACAGGCCGGCACCUUUAACCAGGAGCCCUACAACCAGGGAGGCUUUGACCAGACGGGGAGCCAUAACAUCCAGGGAGAUCUCGGCCAGCCAUCUGAGUACAGCCAGGUGGGAGGUCCCACCUCGUACUCCAAUCAAAUGUAGCCGAGCCUUUUCGUUUCACAAGUGGCACUUCGGCAUUAUAAACCAGGGCAAUCACGGGGUGAAAGGAGAGGAUGAGAGUAGAGUAAACCUUCACUCUCCGCUCAGUUUGUUUAAAAAAAAAAAAAAAGAUGGUCAUCAAAAAGGUGUCAGAGGACGUCCACUGUGGAUAGAGUAAAGUAAUGUUAGGUAUUGUACAAAAUUAUCAGACAACGUGUUUGGUCCUCUUUCAGAAUUGUUGUUUGCUGAAUGUUGUAUUUUUUGUAGUUUGAAACACAUUAGUGACACUUUCUGUCUCUGCUUGGUGAUCUACAUUCACUGUUUAGAGACUUUUUUAAACUGGUUUGCCCUCUGCGGUGGAGGGAAAAACUGCUCUGUGUUUGUAAUACUUUUCAACUUUUCAAGUGCAUGAUGUUGUAUGUGUGCUACUCUGAGAGUUUACAAAUCCAGAAAUCCCAGACUCAUUCCUCUGGGUUUAUUUUAAUCUGCAUUAUGUUAUUUUAAUAUAACUGGCUGUAUUUUAAUGAUGGGUACAUGUCAACACAUCAAUGUGGAGUUUCUAAAGCCAUUAUGGCAAAAAUACACAUUGCAAUUGUGUUUCUGUUGCUAUCGUUUAAUUUAAAUUGCAUCUGCUUUCACAUUGUAAUUUUAUUUGAAAAGAAUGGUGUCGUCUUCAAGUGUUUACAACUGUUUACAAGUGGUCGCUUUCGCUACACAUGUGACUAUGACUUUUCUAUGCUAUCAUCAACCUACUGUUAAAUCAUAGACAUAAGUCGUACCUCUCUAAAGUAUGUCUAGAGCUGUGUUCAUUUACACGUUUAAAGCCCAGCCGAAAGGCACAUCAGUACCACUGUGAUAAUCAAAGAAUAGUGAGUAGUGGGCUCAUCUGUAUGUAGCUAAUACGGAGCUACGUUGCUGUUUGUAUAGAUUUAUAUGACUUGUGCAAUCCUGUUUAUUGACCUAAGCAUGUGUCUUGCAUCACUGUUAUAAAGAAGAGUGAAUAUGUAUGUAUGUAUCAAUAAAGAUGCACAUAUUUGUCCAUAAUUAGUCUCCUCUAUCUACUAUGAUCUUUUUGUUUUGAAGUCUGACCUUUGACCUGUUUGUUGCUGCAGAAACUGAUGCUGCUUUUUCUGUCGGGCACAAUGUGAAGUACAGAGUGCUCCCUCUGGUGGUCAUCAGAUACAGUAAAUUACAGUAUUUUAAAGAAACACUUUAUGUACACAACCUUGUCAGUGU